UGGGCUUGAACUCACUGUCUCUCUCAUUGUGACAAGUACUCCUCAAGGCAAACUACUACCUCCACUCACAAGUCAAAAAUGCCUGCAGACUACAGUGGACGUUGGGAGAUGGUGAGCAACGAGAACUUCGAGGAGCUCAUGAAGGCUCUCGACAUUGACUUUGCCACCAGAAAGAUAGCCUCCCACCUGCAUCAGACAAAGGUGAUUGUCCAGAGCGGAGACAAGUUUGAAACAAAGACCCUGAGCACCUUCAGAAACUACGAGGUCAACUUCACCGUGGGGGAGGAGUUUGAGGAGUACACAAAGGGGCUGGACAACCGAAAAGUCAAGACUCUGGUUAACUGGGAUGGAGACAAGCUGGUGUGUGUUCAGAAGGGGGAGAAAGAAAACCGUGGCUGGAAACAUUGGAUCGAGGAAGACCUGCUACACCUGGAAAUCACCGUGCUCGACAAAGUCUGCCACCAAGUAUUUAAGAAGGCCCAGUAGGAUGAAAACUGUCUGUCGUGUGUCGCGUGUUUCUGCCUAUUUAUAAUGUAAUUGAGAAGACCUGUAAUGUACUGACUCAAUACAGCUGUUCUCUUUUAAUUGUGUUUUUUUUUAAUUAAAAUAUGUAUUACAAUUACA